GUGUACAACAGCUGGGGGGAGAGGAAGCUUCCAGUCGUCAUCCUCACGGGUUAUCUUGGUGCUGGCAAGACAACCCUCCUCAACUACAUCCUCCAUGAGCAGCGCGACAAGAAGCUGGCAGUGAUUGAGAACGAGGUUGGGGAAGUGAGUGUGGAUGAUGCCUUGCUGGAGGACCGUGUCCGCGACAUGGGCCCGGAGGAGGUGGUCGUGUUGGACAAUGGAUGUGUUUGUUGCAACAUCCGCGCAGAUCUUGUGAAGGCCCUGGCUGCCAUUGCAGACAGGUACCGGAGUGGUUUGUGCCUAUUGGAUGGAGUGAUCAUAGAGCUCACUGGCAUGGCAGAUCCAGCUCCUGUUGUCCAGUCCUUCUUCAUGGUAGACGAAGUCUGUGACUACUACUACGUUGACAACGUGGUGGCAUUGGUGGACUCCAAGAAUGCGCUGAGACAGCUGAAUGAGAGUCAGAGUGAUCCGCAGAACAAAGGCACGGCGGCAGCGCAGAUAGCUUUCUCCAGCAUGGUCCUUCUGAACAAGACGGACCUAGUGGAUGAGGCUCAUGUGAAUGAGGUGCAGCGUCGGAUACGCGAGAUAAACCCUUCCUCUCCUAUCCUGCGGUGCAUGCAGUCCCGCGUGAGCUUGGCAAAGCUUUUCAACGUUGCAAUCUUCAGCCUAGGCCGAGUGCUUGAAGAGCAGUACAUGGAUGAAGAGGAUUUUGUCAAGUUCUACCAGCCCAAGAUGGACCGAUCAGUGUCCAACGUAGGCGUCCGCUGUACAGGUGCGUUAAACCUUUUUGCCUUGCAGGCGCUGUUGGACAAAUACCUUGGGCAGGAGGAGACUGCCAAAGAUUUCCUGCGCAUCAAAGGUGUCCUGGAAAUUGCUGGCAGCAGCUCUAAGUACGUGGUGCAGUGUGUACACAUGGUGAGGACAACAGGUUUCUCAGGGGCCUGGGAGGAAGGAAGCCCGCGUGAGAACAGAAUGAUCUUCAUUGGUCGAGGCAUGCAAGCCCGUCGCGAGGAAUUGACAGAAGCUUUCAAGAGCUGCCUGGUGAGCCCUCUACGUUUCUGGAUUGGAGCGCAGGUGCAAGUCCUGCAUGAUGAGGUGGUCUGUUUGGAUGAUGACGGGGAGUACAGCGAGUCUGGCCGCUCGCAUGGCCACUCUCAUGGACAUAGCCACCACACAGAGUGGCGCAAGGGUGUGGUUUCGCAUCAUUGGGAUGAACACAAUGCAUAUAAGGUGCGCUUGCAGGAUGGAGUUGAGGUUCUUGUGCCGCUCGAUGACGACUGUCUGAUUCGAAGUGUGUGCGAGGAGGCAAUGGAGAGUUCUUGA